UGAAAAAUCAAAUUCACACUCGCUGUGAUAUUAAGUUUUUCAUCAUAUCACUUCAUUUUUUAAUUCUAAGCGAUUCUUUUUCAAUGAAGUAUUCGUUGUGAAAAUCUAAUAGCGAGUAGUGUGGUAAAUCAUGGUGAGUUGAAGAAAUGAUAUUUUCUGUCAAAAUAGGAAAAAACGUUAAUAAGAGUGCAAAGGAUUUAUCAUAGUUAUCAAGUUUUCCAAGGCAAUGCCUAAUAUUCCUCUACUGUUUAUUGCUUUUAAUCAUGAUGAAGGAGAUCAGAGGUAAAUGCGGUUAUUGAAAGUUUUAAUUCAAACAUACAAUUCAAUGCUUUUACUCGCGUCUAAAGAAAUUAUCUCAGAGUCACGAGGCGUCAACUGAGGGAUGCGCAAGAUCCAUUUUUAAUGAUUACUGAAGAGAGUUUUAUGAAUUUAUACCGGUUUCCAAAGCACAUUUGCAAAGAUUUAAUAGACGAACUGACACCAUACUUACAAAUUACAAGGAGACGGCAUGCAAUUCCGGCACAUGUGAAAGUUUUAUGUGCUCUACGUUUUUUUGGCACCGGGAGUUUUCAGCGCGCAGUUAGGCAGGAUGCUUUGUCUGCUCUAUCGCAAUCGUCCGUAAGUCAGGUUAUAAUGGAAGUAACGAAAGCAAUUAACAGAAUUGCGCAACGUCACAUUAAGUUCUCCAAUGUUAGCGAAUUCGUAGCAAUUAAAGCUGACUUCUAUCAAAUGAAUGGUAUUCCUGGGAUAAUAGGACUUAUUGACAUAAAGAUAUGUGGCCCAAAGUCUGAAGUAGAGCAUGUAUGCUACUGCCGCAAAGGGGGUCACUCUAAAAAUGUGUUAGUUGUAUGCGAUGCCAACAUGAUCAUUUUAUAUGGCAGCGCGAGAUUUGGCGGCACUGCCCAUGAUUUUUGUGCUUUUGUAUGGCGACGUUCGAGGGUAAAGCAACACCUGGAAAAUCUAUACAACACUGGCGAAAGAAAUUUUUGGCUUUUAGGAGACAGCGGAUAUCUUUUACUGCCAUGGCUCAUGACUCCAAUUUCCAAUUCUACAUAAGAAGCAGAGGAGCGAUAUAAUUGUGCGCAUAAAGCAACUCGUAGCUUGGUCGAGAGAUUCAUUGGCCUAUUGAAGAGCAGAUUUCGAUGCCUUACGAAAGAAGGAGUUUUAGUCUAUGAGCCUUCAAAAGCAACGGAAAUUAUUUAUGCUUGCAUGGCACUCCACAAUAUUCUUGUGCGGGCAAGAGUUUCAUGCCCAGAAGUAUCCCCGUACAACUAAUGCCGAAUGAUCUCCUACACUUGGUAGAUUACAACGAGAUAAAAUCAUACGAGAAGCAUUUGAGCGAACACUGUAAAAACCUAAAGAGGAGUUUCGUUAAAUAAAAAAUACAUUUUUAAUGGAGCUUUGCAAUAAGCGUGUCUACUUUUUUAUUCAUGUCUUUUUGCACAUUUAGCAUUUCUUUCAUAA